AUGGCGAAACCCUCGCCAUUCCUUCAGCCCGGCCCUAGAACGUCAGCCAACUCCAUCGCAAUCGUCCAGCUCUCUCGCGACAACCUCGUUCCUCUCAUCCUCCAAGAUUCUACCGGUGCGGUCGACGGCUAUGCCGAAGGAGCGGUCCUCAACACACGAUUCGGCUCAUUUCCCCACUCCACUCUGAUCAACGUACCAUGGGGAUCGCAAAUUCGUGCCUCGAUUGUUGACACUGGCUCCAGAGAAUCCAGCGCUCCGGUUAAGAAGGCGGCUACCGCCGCGAGCGGCUUCGUGCACAUUCUUCAGCCUACCGCCGAACUCUGGACCGCGGGCCUGCCGCAUCGAACACAAGUCGUCUACACCCCCGACUACAGUUACGUCCUUCAGCGCAUACGAGCGAGACCCGGUACCCAUAUUAUCGAAGCUGGCGCAGGUAGUGGUAGUUUCACUCACGCUUCGGCGCGUGCGGUUUACAGCGGAUAUCCGGAAGAUGAGUAUCAACGAAAGGGCAAGGUCUUCAGCUUCGAAUUCAACAAGGACCGAUAUGUGAAGAUGCAAGAAGAGAUCACUGCGCAUGGGCUGGAAGGCAUCGUGAAGCUUUCGCAUCGAGAUGUUUACAACGGCGGUUUCCUGGUGGACGGCAAAAGCCCCGAGGCAGAGUCGGUGUUCCUCGAUCUACCCGCGCCCUGGGAGGCCCUCCCCCACCUGUCACGACGAAAGCCAGCGACAAAGGACACGGAAGGCGAGACACAAGAAUGGAUUUCUCCGCUUAAUCCCAAGAAGUCGGUCUACAUCUGCACCUUCUCUCCCUGCAUCGAGCAGGUACAAAGAACGAUCAAUACAAUGAGACAAUUGGGAUGGGUGGACAUUGACAUGAUUGAGAUCUCGCACAAGAAAUUCAAUGUCAUCCGGGACCGUGCUGGGUACAGCCAGCCCGAUCGCGGUAUCGCGGCGAGCGCACGCGACGUGGGCGAGGCAGUCGGCAAGCUUCGCGAGAUCGAGAGAAGAACGAGAGAGUACCAUAACCCGGCAGACCCCAACUCGGCGGACGACUCACCGGCGGGCAAUGCCAUGGACGUGGAUCCAGCGGGAGAAACUACAAAUGGCGAUGAAGAAGAGGGACCCUUCGCAGGCAAGCCGUGGUUGCAGGGUCGCAUUAUCCACCGCGCGGAGCCGGAGCUGAAGACGCAUACCUCGUACCUUGUUUUCGCUGUGCUGCCGCGCGAGUGGAGCGAGGAGGACGAGGCCGCCGUGCUUGCAAAGUGGCCGUGUGGCUCAGAGACUGGUGUUAUUGGAGCCAAGGACAAGGAGACGCGCAAGCAGGAGAAGCGCGACCUCCUCGCAGGCAAGGGGAAGAGAAAGAAGGGCAAGUCUGGGAAGGCUUAG